AUGUUAAUUGAUAAAAAAGAAAUAUAAGAUUGGAUAGUUGAUGUCAAUGAUUACAAUAAAAAAAGAAGAGAAAGAGGAUUUGAAAAUCCAAAAGUGAAAAUUGUAAGCAUACUUGAAAUGCAGAAAAAGGAAAAAGAAUUUAACCCUAUUUUAUAAUAAUUUAUAGAUCCUUAAAAAGAUAUAUAGGCAACUGAAAAAAAUGAAUAAAAUAAAAAGAUUCUUUAAUAAAAAAAGAGUGUAAAUUAUAUAAUAAAAUUUUAUGUAAUAAAAUAAAAAAAUUAUAAGAAACAUUUAGAAAAAUAUGAUAGAAAUUAUGAUAUUGUUAAUUUAGAAAAUAUAGCAAAUACAACUUUUAAAGAAAAAAUAAUUCAACCCAAAUAAGUUUUAUAAUAAUCACUUAGAGAUUUUAAUAUUGUUAAUCAUGCUCCAGUUGCUAAAUAUAUGUUUGAGAAUGUUAAAAUAAUAAAUUAAGAAAAACAAGCAUUAUAACAAGUAAGAAGUUAUAAAUAAAGAGAUUUUAAUAUUUUAACCAAUAAAUACAAAUAAGAUCAUGAAUAAAAAAUGGAAGAAUAAUAACAAAAUACAAUGAAAGUUUUAAAAGAAAAAUUCACAAAAACACAUAACUAUAACUUUUUAUUAGGAAAAGCAUAUGAUGAAGAUUAAGAAUAGUUAUAUAAUUCAAAAGUUGAAUAAAAAGUUAAAAAAUAACUUUAAAAGUAAAUUUAGUAACUACCUCCUUCUAUUAGAUAUAGAGAAACAAUAAUCUUUGAUAGAACCAAACCUGUUCCUGAGGAAAUAAAACUUAUAGAUUAAUAAAGAGAAAAUGCAAAAGUAAGAUAUAAACUUAGAAAUGCAAUUGAAAAUGAAUAUCACAAGAGAAAUAUAGAAAUUCAUGAUAGAAAAUAAUAAAGAAUUAAAAAUGGAAUGUUUGAAUAAAAAUAUAUAGACGAACAUAGAAAAGGUUUUUAUUCUAUCAAAUUAUUGUUUUAAUAAAAAAAGGAUUUGAUUUAAUCACUCUAGAAAAA